AUGGACCCACUGACUCACUACAAAGCAUCGGUACAGAAUAGGCUGGAUAGCGCAGAUGUUUUGGUAUCAAAACUUGUGCAUGAAAACCGCAUGCUGGCUCAAGAAACGGAGAAUAAAGAUGAAGAAAUCGAGUCGCUGAAACGACAGCUCGAGAAUAUCAAGAAGCGUAAUGAAGAAGAUGAAAAACGGGCACAUGUAGCUGAAGAAGAAGCCGAAAUAGUGAGAGAUCUAUUCGAGCAUCUUUGCGGAGUCAGAGUUCACAAAUCGUACGAAGACGACACAGGCCUGUGGUUCGACACAUCACAGGGUGGAAAGUUUGGCGUGAUGGACUACAAACUUGGAUUCGUCAGAGCUGAAGGCGAAACAGAAGGAACUGAGGUGGUCUAUGUGCCACUCUUGAAACAGAGAAGUGCAGAGGAGCUGCAGCUGCUUCAGAAACAAAUGCCAGGCUACCUUUUCGAUACUUUGAGUUUUCCAUUGAGAUCACUGAAUCAAUUCUACAUGAAAUUGAGUAAGUGUUUAGCCAAAGCUGAAAAAUCAGCGGAGUAA